CCAGGAUCGCAGCCCAAGCGCCGGGGCGGGAGGGAUGACUCCGGACGGUAGGGGGCACCGGCGCGCGGCCGGGUCGGGCCCCCCGGUAGCUCCGCGCGCACAGCCGGACCGUCAUUGACGCCAUGAGCGCGCUGCUGCGGCUGCUGCGCACGGGUGCCCCCGCCGCUGCGUGCCUGCGGUUGGGGACCAGUGCUGGGACCGGGCCGCGCCGUGCUAUGGCCCUGUACCACACCGAGGAGCGCGGCCAGCCCUGCUCGCAGAAUUAUCGCCUCUUCUUCAAGGAUGUAACUGGUCACUACAUUUCCCCCUUUCAUGAUAUUCCUCUGAAGGUGAACUCUAAAGAGGAAAAUGGCAUUCCUACGAAGAAAGCACGAAAUGAUGAAUAUGAGAAUCUGUUUAAUAUGAUUGUAGAAAUACCUCGGUGGACAAAUGCUAAAAUGGAGAUUGCCACCGAAGAGCCACUGAAUCCCAUUAAACAAUAUGUAAAGGAUGGAAAGCUACGCUAUGUGGCGAAUAUCUUCCCUUACAAGGGUUAUAUAUGGAAUUAUGGUACCCUCCCUCAGACUUGGGAAGAUCCCGGUGAAAAAGAUAAGAGCACGAACUGCUUUGGAGAUAAUGAUCCUAUUGAUGUUUGUGAAAUAGGCUCAAAGAUUCUUUCUUGUGGAGAAGUUAUUCAUGUGAAGAUUCUCGGAAUUUUGGCUCUUAUUGAUGAAGGUGAAACAGAUUGGAAAUUAAUUGCUAUCAAUGUGAAUGAUCCUGAAGCCUCAAAGUUUCAUGAUAUUGAUGAUGUUGAGAAGUUCAAACCAGGUUACCUAGAAGCUACUCUUAAUUGGUUUAGAUUAUAUAAGGUACCAGAUGGAAAACCAGAAAACCAGUUUGCUUUUAAUGGAGAAUUCAAAAACAAGGCUUUUGCUCUUGAAGUUAUUAAAUCCACUCAUCAAUGUUGGAAAGCAUUGCUUAUGAAGAAGUGUAAUGGAGGAGCUAUAAAUUGCACAAACGUGCAGAUAUCUGAUAGCCCUUUCCGUUGCACUCAAGAGGAAGCAAGAUCAUUAGUUGAAUCGGUAUUAUCUUCACCGAAUAAAGAAAGUAAUGAAGAAGAGCAAGUAUGGCACUUCCUUGGCAAGUGAUUGAAACAUCUGAAAUUCUGCUGUCAAGAUUCCCAUCUCUAAGGACUCCAAGACUCUUUUUCCCCAAGUGCUAAGGGGAUCUGUGAGCAUUUACUGACUUCCUGUUAAAACUUCAGUUUUUCAAACUUUUUGAGCUAUGCAAUAUAUAAAUAAACAGAAUUUUAAAUUAG